UUGGAUUAGGUCUGGGAUUAGGGUUUGCGUUGCUGCUGCUGGCGCCUGGAGCAGCUGGCUACGGCAGGAGGGCGCCAUCGCCAGGCAUCUUCAAUGUCUCCGAUGUCAAUGUGCCGGCUUUCUUCCGGAGCAAUGCAAACCAGGUCGCGUCCAAAGCCACCAAGGCGCUCAACAUUGCUGUGCUCAAGUUUCCACGCCUUGAUGCCCUUCAAAAGUUCAAAAAGUACAAUGGAGAGUUCGAUGUCAUCAACAAGCACUACUGGGCUGUAUGCUCCCUCGUCGCUUUCCAUGCACACUAAAACACCCACUCUGUGGCCUUCAUUGGAAUUUGGGGCUACGUCCUGGCAGUCCUCACCUUCAUGUGUGCAUGCAUGGUUUGCGCUUGCAAAUUCUGCUGCUACCUCUGCGGCUACAAGCUUCCAACCAAGGAUGAAGGGGGAAGCCUUUUGAAAAGGUGCUCGAGAAUGACCUCCCUUCUACUCUUGCUGGUGUGUACCAUGUAAGUACUCUCAAUUUUUUUUACUUGUUCUUCUUCAUCCGAGCAAUCCAUCUCAUUAUUCUAAAGCUGUGCGCAGAGCAGGC